UUGUUUGCGUGGACAGGAAAUAUUCCAAACGAUUGCUCCGAACGCUUUCAUUAUCCUCGUGAUUCUCCGAGGUUUCGUGCAUCGUUGGCACAUCACAUGCUAUAUUUUAGUCGUCUGGAGAGCAGAUUGAAUGAGAUUCAAAAGCAUGUAGCGAACAUGAUGGAGUACAGCAAGAACUACGUUGCCACUUUUUAUAAGCUCACAGUUUCAAUCAAUCAGCUGUGUGACGAGAGUUUCACUGGAAAUGUACUCGCCCAAAGCACUCUGCACUCCUUGUCAGAUGCAUGUGGCCGUAUUGUUAGCCUUGCAAAGGAUUUCCAUGAGCAGUCAUGUAUGUUAUUGUUUCCUUCAAUCCUUAUUUUUAGUGAUCUAGUAAGAGUGCAAGAGGCUCGGGCACAUUUCGACUCAAUGUCUACUAGUAUGGACGAAGCACUGUCACGUAAUGCCGCUUCUACCAGAACUCGUCCUUCAGAUGCUGUAGAAGGACGUAACGCUCUGACAGCAGUAGGAGCCUGCUUUGCACACACGACACUGGAUUACGUGGCACAGAUAAACAUUGUUCAUGCUUUGAAAGAUCAUCUUAUAAUUGAUGCGUUAUGGUCGUUCAUUCGCGAAUCUUCGUCAUAUUUCUCUCGUGGACAUGCCGUAUUCGAUGAAUGGACUGCUGUCGACAAUGGAGCAGUUGCUGACUCCAUUGCUGCUCUUACAGCCAAAAGCAGAUUGGUACAACGAAAAAUGCAGGACAUACAUUCGCUCGUCCCAAAGGAAAUGUUCCAACACUUCUCCGGAAUGUCUCCGGAUCCAGACGUCAUGAUGGAAGGCUACUUAUAUAAGAGAUCAUCGAAUGCAUUUAAAACGUGGAAUCGACGAUGGUUUCAAAUAAAAGAUAACAAAUUGUUGUACUCACAUAGAUCUGCUGAAUCGGAGCAGCCAACGGUUAUGGAAGAGAACUUGAUGUUGUGUCUUGUUCGUCCGGCACCACCAUCUGUUGAACGAGUCGGUUGUUUUGAACUGAUAACUCCAACAAGGAGCCAUUUACUUCAAGCUGAUUCUGAAUCCCUGUGCAAUGAUUGGAUGCGUGCCCUACAACGUACUAUUCUAGCGUUGCAUGAAAGUGAUGACGUGAUUCGUCCAAGUUCGUCUGCGAAACCGGGUAAUAAUAGAGACGUGUCUGAUGUAAGCGGAAGCUCGUCUGCUGAUCUUUGUUCGUUUUCUGUUCCUGAUGCCACAACAACAUUUGAGCAAAUUCGAAGAGUACCGGGAAACGAAAGAUGUGCAGAUUGUGGAUCAGAUCAGCCCAAAUGGGUCAGCAUCAACUUGGGUGUUGUACUUUGCAUCGAAUGUUCUGGUGUUCAUCGAAGUUUUGGCGUUCAAAUAUCCAAAAUCCGGUCACUAACAAUGGAUUCAAUUGAACCGGAGUUGAGAGAUGUCUUGCUCAGUCUUGGGAACUCUCAGGUUAACGCUAUAUAUCUAGCCCAUCUUCCAGAGAAGAACGUUGUGCCUCCACCAGCAUCAGAAAGCUCUAUUUUUCAGAUUCGCGAAGCAUGGAUUAAAGCUAAAUAUGUAGAACGGCGUUUUGCCAUUUCUUGUAGUGAGCGCGCUCGAAGUAGCGCAGCUAUAAGAAAUGAGCAUCUUGCUCGACAUCGGAUCAGUAUAUGUGGUCUAGUUGGCUCUACAGGUGACAGUUUACUUAUUCAACUGAAACGAUUGUCCUCGUGUGGUUCCGACCCAAUUGAAUCUACCGACUGGGACACCAUAAGUGAAGCAAGUCGUUGCGGUGAUGUUUUGGGUCUCCUUCAAUCAUUUGCUUCUGGAGCCGAUAUAAACUGCGAUCUUAACGGCACGACUGCACUGCACAUAGCAACGAAAAAUGGUCAAACCGCUGCAGUAGAGUUCCUGUUGCUGAACGGAGCGAAAAUUAAUGUCCUCGAUGAUAAGUUGUGUACUCCUCUUCAUUUGGCCGCUGCGGAGGGGAAUACAUUACAAGUGUGCCAACUUCUCAAGCGUGGUGCCGACAAGUCUCUUAAAAAUGCUGAUGGAGUAACGCCGCUGGAAAUCGCAGUGGAAAGGAAGCACGCGGAUAUUGUUACUCUAAAUUUUUACUGUAGUGUGUUUUAUUUUUUUCUUUCAUUUAAUGAAGAAUUCAACAAUCCUAUGGACGACACCGUUGAUAGCGUGAUUUCGGAUAUCACUCGAAAAGCUGCCGUAACAGCAAGUCAGCUUCAGGAAAGUUUACAGGCGUGUUCAGGAACGUGUGUAUUGAAGCUAUGA